CAAGACUCUUGGAACAAUGGUCUUUCCCCGAUGCCCCAAUUGGCUACAUCGUGAUCGGGCCGCGGUAAACAGCUCUACGGCCUACGGAGCAGUGCAUCACCUGACAUCGAGACGAUAAAUUUGUCAUAUCCCGACUUGCCUUUGUUGUACCGGCGCGCAAUCUGCUCAUACGCAUCUACCAUGAGAUCGAUCCUUUCUAGCAUUGAAACCCCGAUCAGAAGACAACGAUGCCGAAUCGACAUAUUACCGGGCUCCCUGCCUCCUCAGUCAUACCUCCCCCUCCGGUCAACGGCAGCUCAGACAAUAAGGCCCUCACAGACAUCGAUAUCAAGGAAGCCAUUGAGCACAUCGAGGACAACGCCAAACCCAGUGUCAACCCUGCCUUACUUGACAUUGUGGCGGCCGAGAUCCAGGUUCUGCGUACGCUUUCUCCUGACGAAUUAGCCGCUGAAGAAAAGAAACUGCUGCGCAAGAUCGACUUUACUCUCCUCCCGACCCUGUUUGUCCUCCUUGUGCUGAACUACCUCGAUCGCAAUGCCCUAGCCUCCGCCCGGGUCCAAGGGAUCGAGGAGAGUUUGGGCAUGGAAGGGACACAGUUCAACACUGCCAUCAGUCUGUUGUUUGUUGGUCCAACAUGAUCCUGAGUAGGAGCAGGCCGUCUAUCUACUUGUCUACCUGCGUCAUGGUUUGGGCGGUAGUAUCUCUGUGCACAGGGUUCGUCAAGACCUACAAUCAGCUCCUCGCAGUCCGUAUCCUGCUCGGCUUCACCGAGAGUCCUUACUUUCCUGGCGCCUUGUUCCUGCUGUCAGCUUGGUACACCAAGAGGGAACUCGCGUAUCGCACCGCCUCUCUGUAUUGUGGCUCUCUCCUUUCUGGGGCGUUCUCGGGGCUCAUCGCCGCGGGAAUUGAAUCCGGUUUGGAUGGAGCGAAAGGGAUGGAGUCUUGGCGAUGGCUCUUCAUCAUUGAAGGUGCGAUCACCGGUUUGGCCGCUCUCAUAGCUGCCUUCGUCCUUCCGGACUACCCGGCCACAACAAAGUGGCUCAGCACGAGGGAGAAGGCCAUUGCUGUUUGGAGGAUGGAGAAAGAUGGUGGGAGUCGCGAUGAAGACGACGAGGGGCUACUCAAGAGUCUCAAGAUGGCUCUUUGCGACUAUAGGCUCUACUUACUUGCGAUCAUCAUCAUCACAAAAACAACAGCCGGCGCUGUGACGCAGUUCUUCCCCACGGUCAUUGUAACAUUCAAGUUUAGCAAAGUCAUCACUCUGGUACUCCUCGCGCCUCCAUACCUUGUCACGACUGCACUUUCGCUCCUCAUCUCAAGGUUGUCGGACCGCAAACCGGAAAGAUGCUUCCAUCUAGCCAUACCUCUUGCUGUUGGGAUGAUUGGAUACAUCAUCGCUGCUUCCACUCUCCAGACCGGACCUCGUUAUUUCUCUCUUUUCCUGAUGCUUGGUGGUCUGUUUGGAUCUUAUAAUGUUGCUCUUGCUUGGAUUUCGUCAACCUUUCCACGACCUCGUGCCAAGCGCGCUUCUGCGUAUGCCAUCAUCAACAGUUUGGGUAACAUCGCCCAAAUCUGGUCACCUUACCUCUAUCCUUCCUCUGACGCGCCGAGGUAUACAACGGCUUUCGCGACAAAUUCGGCUAUGGCAGCGAUCGCCAUCUGCUUCUGCUUCAUUCUUCGAGCUGUCUUGAAGAGAGACAAUUCCAGAAUGGAUCGUGAAGAUGGUGGGAUUGAAGCUAGGGAUGAAAGUGUGCCGGAUCGUGUGAGAUAUGUCACAUGAGGGAUGACCUUAUGCGCGGGGUUUCACUUGUACAAGUACUUUGAUGUCGUUUUUCUUCGGACGUUCAGAAUCGAGGGUUAUGCAGAAUCAAUAUUUAGUGUCUACAGUAAUGCUUAUUCUAGCUCAUGCGCAUCUUGGCA